ACGUCCUGCAGGCUAUUUAAUGAGAGGCUCUCAAGACAGCCACGUUCAGUUGAAGAUGUUCUGAUUCAGGUCUCUGUUGCCCAUCAAAUUCCUAUACCUGCCUUGGAGUAGAAAGUGAAGUGACUCUUGAAUUUAAAAAGUGGAAGGUAACAAUUACCAUCUUUAACAAUGUCUUCUGGGGAGAAUUCAGUAAUGGAAAUUGCAGCCCUUGGUCGACCUUUCCAGCUUGGCAUGCUCUAUGACAGUCGUAAGGACUCACUCAUUCCAGCUAUGUCUCUUUGGGAUUUGGAGUCAUUAAAACAGGAUAUUGCAACCCAAUCUCAGCGUAACUCUGAGUUUCAUAUUAUCGCCUCAGAUUCUAUUGAGGACAAAUCGUCUGCUCUGAAUGUGGAGGCCUCCUUGAAAGCAAGUUUCUUGGGAGGUUUGGUUGAAGUGAAAGGAUCUGCAAAAUAUCUAAAAGACAACAAGACUUCAAAACGCCAGGCCCGUGUUACCCUACAAUACAAGACGACAACAAAGUUUACACAGCUCACCAUGAAUCACUUAGGACUGGGCAACGUGCAGCACCCGUAUGUGUUUGAGCAGGGAAUAGCAACUCAUGUUGUCACUGGGAUACUUUAUGGUGCUCAGGCAUUUUUUCUGUUUGAUCAAGAAACAUCUCAUGAUGAAAGCAUGCAAGAUAUACAAGGUAAUCUGCAAGUAAUGAUCAGGAAAAUACCAUUUAUUUCAAUCGAAGGCGAGGGAUCACUUAAAAUGACAGAUGCAGAACGAGCAAAUAUUCAAAAAUUUACCUGCCAGUUUUAUGGAGAUGUGGCUCUGGAUAGCAAUCCGGUUUCAUAUGAAGAGGCCAUUAAAGUUUAUGCUUCUCUCCCCCAAAAAAUUGGGCAUAAUGGAGAACAUGCGAUCCCUAUGAGGGUAUGGCUAUACCCUUUAAUUCUUUUAGAUUCCAAAGCGGCUCAGAUUGUUCGUCACAUAAGCGUAAGUUUGGUUAAUCAGUCACAAAGCAUCCUGGAUGAGUUCAGUGAGCUUGAAAUGAGGUGCAAUGACUUGAUGAAAGAGGCAGCCGCCAUUCAAUUUCCUGACGUUCAGAAUAAGAUUCGUUACUUUAACAAAAAGUGUUUAGAAUACAAAAUGAUUUUUCAAAGAAAUUUAGCUGAAGUUCUGCCAGCCAUUCGUGGUGGAGGUAAACAAGAAACUGUUCUGGCAGAUUUGUUGAAAUUUAAAGAAGAGUCACCCUUUAGUUACUUUAGAUUAAGCAGUUGGCUAGAAUAUAAAGAUAAGGAGCUCAGCUGUCUCACAGGAUAUAUGCAAAAACUGAAAGAUAUAAAAAUGACAUCUUCAGAAGCAGAGCUAAAUAGAGAAGUGCUGAAUCAAACAUCUAAAUAUGUGGUCUGCUUUACAUUCACAUCCCUGAAGAAUAAAGAAUCCUACAUUUCAACUCUCAAAGAAUUUCUUAGUCGACCGUUAAUGGAGUCAGGUCCUCACUGUGUCUCAUCAGAGAUACUCACAAAUCAAGAAGAGAAGCCAUGGUUUUCAAUGCACUCUGUGGCUGAGAAAAUGAUACAGAAGGCUAAGUUGUUCUUUGAAGUUGCAGCAGCAAAUAAAAAUAAUCCUGAUACAGCAUUUAUAGUAGCAUCCUCAGAAAAUCGAUCUUAUCCUGGAGCAUCUGUUUAUCUUUAUGACGAAGGAAUAAAGAAGAAUGAAAAUCUUCAACUUCCUUCCAUUUCUGGUGUACCAGGUGUCUGCGAGGUGACUCAUGAGAGUGUGACUCUGAAGAUGUCCCAUCCAGAGGCUGGCUGUGAGAGUGUCGUUCACUACAGAAUAGAGUACACCAUCGAAGGACAAGAUGAAUGGAGUUCUGUGGACACGUCAGAGAAAGAAGACCACUUUACAGUCCAAGGCUUGAGUCCUAACUCAGUUUAUGUCUUCCGAAGCAGAGCAGUUUGCAUUUUUGGUACUACUAGUCCCAGUAAUGCAACUGGAAAAGUUCAAACACUCCCCACAAGCCCACCUAGCCAGCUUUCGACUAUUACCAUUGACUCCAAUGAAAUAGCAGCAAGAUGGGAGAAGCCGACUGUCAUAGGAAGUGAAGUCAACAUCCAAAACUAUAUAAUUCAAUUCAAAAAACAAAGAGACCUCAACAAUGAUCAGACCAAGUGGACUGAAGUGGCUGAGAACUCUACUGAGUGUGUAAUCCGAGGGCUCAAUCCUCAAACAGAGUAUGUUAUCAGAGUGCUGGCUGAUUGUGGUGAUAAAGGCAGAAGUGCCCCCAGCAGUGAAUUAGUGGUGUCCACGCUUCAGGAGUGUAAAAACAUUUCGGAGAAGAUUCAAAGACAGAGUAAAUUAGUGAGCAAAGGACCUCCAGAUAUUUACACAAUUCCUUUGAAAGAAUCUUUUGUUGAUAAGGAUGGAAACUGUAGGAAAUGCAAAUUUGGGAAGGCCCACUCAAAGAGCCGGAAAACAAUAAUGGUUCUUGGAGCAACAGGAGCCGGGAAGACCACCUUAAUCAAUGGAAUGAUCAACUACAUCUUGGGAGUUAAAUGGGAAGAUGGCUAUCGAUUCAAAUUAAUAGAUGAAGGUUCAUCCAAAUCCCAAGCAGAGAGUCAGACCUCCACAAUCACAGCCUAUGAAAUCAACUAUCAAGAUGGAUUCAGCAUUCCAUACUCCAUUACAAUCAUAGACACACCCGGAUUUGGAGACACACGAGGAAUCAAGAGAGACCAAUUGAUUACUGAACAUAUCCGGGAGUUUUUUUCCUCUUCAAGUGGCAUAGAUCAGAUUGACGCAGUGUGCUUUGUAACCCAAGCAUCACUGGCUCGCUUGACGCAUGCACAGAAGUACGUGUUUGAUGCAAUUCUCUCCAUAUUUGGUAAAGACAUUGCGGAGAACAUACAGCUACUUGUCACAUUUGCUGAUGGACAAAAGCCACCUGUCCUAGAAGCGAUCAGUGUUUCUGGUGUGCCCUGUCCCAAAGGGAAAAAAGGAAUUCCUGUUCAUUUCAAGUUUAACAAUUCAGCCUUGUUUGCAGAUAAUUCACUAUCUAAAAAUACAAGUAGUGACAAAGAUGAAGAGAGUGAAGAUGAUGAUAACUUUGACAAAAUGUUCUGGAAGAUGGGGACAAAGAGCCUAAAACAGUUUUUUGAUUCUGUAAUCAAGCUGGAAACAAAAAGUUUGCGCCUAACAAGGGAAGUUCUUAAAGAGCGCAAGCAACUGGAGACCGCAGUUCAAGGGUUACAACCCCAAAUCCAGAUUGGGCUGUCAAAAAUGGAUCAAAUUCAAAAACUUAGGCAGGUCCUGGAGAAACAUGAAGCUGAGAUCAGCACAAACAAGAAUUAUGAAAUUGAAUUCGAUAUAAAUAAACCUAUUCAGAUUCAAAUUACAACACCUGGUGAAUUUAUUACCAACUGUGCCAAUUGCCAUUUCACCUGUCAUCACCCAUGUGGCAUUCCAGAUGAUGGAAGAAAGCAUGGCUGUGCUGCAAUGAAUGCUAAUGGAUACUGUAAUGUUUGUCCUGGAAAAUGUGUCUGGAAUGUUCACUUUAAUCAAAAGUACAGGUGGACUUAUGUAAAAACAAAAGAAAAAAGAACAGCCUAUGACGUGAAGAAAAAGUAUGAGAAAGCUUAUGGAGAAAAACUAAACACCCAGCAGAUUAUGCAGAAGCAAACUGAAGAAAUUGAGCAGUUAAAAAGCCAAGUGCUGCAGCUCAUGGAGCAAACGUCCUUGUGCCUUGCUCGCCUGAAAGAAAUAGCACUGAAGCCCAACCCUCUGUCUACCCCAGAAUACAUUGAUCUACUCAUCAAAGGCGAAGAAGAUGAAGCCAAACCAGGCUUCCUGGAUCGCAUUGAUGCACUGAAAAGCAUGAAGCAACAAGCUCUGAUAAUCGCUAAGGUUGAAAAGAAUAAAUCAGAGAAUAACACAUCAAAAUUUACUUUGCCAAGCUUUAACACUUUCAAGAAUUGGCUUACAGGUUAAAGUAAAAGAAAUGCAGUAUUCUAAAGAGGGAUCCAAGUGCAUCAACCUCCACCAUACUAUUGUUAAUACGUUUGGAACAUGCAAUCUUAUCUAUGCAUGCAAAUAAAAAGUCCAUAUGCAAAA